GGAGCAGCGGCCGCAGCAGCGACAACUGACAGGACGCAGCCCUUGCUCGCACAUCCCCCAUGGCUCUCCUCGCCCGCACAGCGCGAAAGGCGCUCCUCGAGACCCGCGCAAGCCUUCCACCGACAUGCCUCCUCCCCCUCCGCGCACACAUCACAACGCAGUCGCACACCCUCGAGACCGGCAACGUCCCAGACCCACUGAUCCAGUCCGGCCAACGCGUCUCCUCAGACCUGAAGGACAAGACGGCAUCGCGCACGCUCUCGCCCAGGGCGCCCACGCCUUCCACUCCAUCAAGCCCCAAUGCCCGGCUCGAUGUCGUCUCCAAGCAAAUCACCCCCUCGAUACGGAACCUCCUCCCCCUCCUGCACUCGCAGCCCUCGCACUACAUGACCCUGCACAUCCACGGACGCCCGUACCUGCUCACAAGAGGCGACACUCUGCGCCUGCCGUUCCUCAUGCCGCACGUCAAGCCCGGCGACGUGCUGCGGCUCAACCGCGCAACGCACAUUGGAUCGCGCGACUACACACUCAAGGCCCCUGAGCCCAUCAAGGGCACUGCAGACCACGGCAAGAAGGUCUUCUAUCUCGACGAGCGGUUGUUUACCGUGCGCGCGAGAGUCGUCGGCAUCGACACCGAGCCGAUGCGUGUCGAGGAGAAGACGAAGCGUAGGCAGAGGCAUACGAAGCAUGUGUAUAGUAAGAUGCGGUUUACCGUGCUGAAGAUUAGUGAGUUGGAGGUGAAGAGUCUGCAGGAGUAUGAGGAGGUUUUGAAGGGGGAGGGGGAGGGGGAGGGACAGGCUACUGAGGCAUGAGGUCGUGUUGGGAUAAAAGAUGGAGUUCACGGCAUUUGGG